AUGACGAAGCUGUCCGAGCACGAGUCCGACCGAGUCCCCGCCAAGGAGAGCCGUCCGUCCCCAACGAAUGGAUGCGCCGUUCCAGCUACUGCUGUGGAUAGGAAACGGGUCCAACCAGCCCUAUCCCAGGCAGGACAAGACAGGGAAGAGGAAGGGGAAGCAAAAAGAAGAAGAAGAAAAGAAGAGCAGCGGGUUGUCAAGAGCAACGGCAACGGCAACGGCAACGGCAACGCAAACAACGGGCGCAGAUCGGGCUCGACAAAUUUGGGCCGGGCUCACCUCGAUGGCCACGGAAGAGGAAGCGCAACAACUGCCCUAUCCCUGCUCUCUGAGUUCGGCCGAGGAUUUAUGCGUGAGUACCCUGGAAUUGGAUCAAUCGCCCCAAUUCUUUAUAACAGAUGGAAGAUAAAUGGCAACUACGGUUUUCGCAUUUCAAAUCACUCAAGUAUUGCCCUUCGAGAACGUUUCAAUCUUCACACUCUCUCACAGUGUCAAACUCAAUCCAGUCUGGAUUACUCAGCCUUCACCGAGGCGCAACAACCUUGUAACUUUCAGAACUUCAUACCUUACUCAUCCUCAACAUCCGAACAAAUCACCAUAAAACAACAACAACAGCAACAACAAGAGAAUCAGCAGAUUCAGUCUGCCUUUAGCAUCUUGGGUACUCCUUGGGCCUCAUCUGGAUGA